CACACUUUUAUAGUUCUAUAAUGGACAAUAACUUUAGAUUAGCAUCUAGGCUGUUAAAUAAUUUUCAAAGUGAUGAAACUAAACAAAUUUAUAUUAUUUUACACAUUAAUAACAACCAUUGGACAGUUGCAAAACUUGAUAUGGAAUCAAAAAAAAUUUCCCAUCAAAAUGCAACUUUAGAUUGUGGAAUAAUUGUUUUAAAUUAUAUUGAACAAGAAAUUGGGAUAAGUAAUCAAUCAUGGAGUAUGCAACAAUCUGAUUAUUUUAGAAUUAGAUAUUUAUGUGUAACUCUAAAUUGCAAUUCAGAAGAAUUUGGUUUUCCACAAGGUGUUGGAGAUAAUUUUCCAUUACAAUCAUAUUUGGAUGAAAAUGGCAACAAUAUUGAUUGCAAUGAUAAUAAAUAA